AUGGCAAGCUCCGAGCCCACGAAACCUGCCAGGGACAUUGCACUUCUUCGCUCGACUUACAGACGAGCGCGUAUGCAUUAUAAUUUGCGGAAGAAGGAUGUGGCGAAACGUUGCGAGCUCUUCCACUUGGCAGCGCAGUCGAUUUUUGCCCGUGUCUCUGAAGUCUUCCAGGAGCGAAAGAGGAUUGCCGGCCUGGUCCUGCGUGCUGUCGCAACCGAAAAGUGCCGCCACGACACGCGGGAGCAGAUGGAAGAGGGCUUUCUUAAACGACUGGGGCGCCCCAAGCUCAAGGCUCCGGAGUCUCGACGCUUCAAGGCCAUCUUCGACUCGGCGGACGAGCUCCUUCUCAACAACUUCCCUCUUGCUGGGGAGGCCAUGUGCAAGGCCUUGUUCUGCCGCAAGGAGGAGUUUGCUGAGCGGUCACAAGGGCUCGGCAACCUGCUCCGCUGCCAGAGCACUUUGCAAUCCAACAUCAGGACACAUGAACUGGCCGCCACAAUUCUUUCCUGUCUGUCCGCUCUACAUGAGCAGCUGCUCGCCGUGGAGGCUGCACCUGUUCAGACCGAGUGGACCCAGUGGCACAAUGCCGUGCGCAAACGUCGCGUGUCGCGAGAACUUAUUGAGGACAUCGUGGAUGCCGGCGAUCCAAGCAGUCCAAGCAUGUCUCCUGAACCAGCGCAAGCUCACCAAACUGCUACUGCUAAAGUCGAAGUUGCGUCACUCCCACAGCUGCCGGCGCCGAGCCUAAGUGUGACGGAGGUAUUGCCGGCAUUGCAGCAUCACCAAUUGCAGCCAUCACUGCCGAGAGUUUCGGACGCGCGUUCCCUUAGCUCCUCUGGCCACGUGAUGAAGAGCCCAGUGCAGGAUGUGGCGAAGGAGGACCACUCCGCAAAAGAGCCGUCGGUAAUGCUGCCGGGAGGCUCCCAGACUUUUGACUUCUCCGGUCCACUGGAAGUGCCUGGAAGGCGGACGAGUUUACAUGUGGCCCAAAGCUCCAAGCCAGCGAAGGGCCAGAAGAAGUCAGCGCGACUUGUGGGCCCGGCCCAGGCAGAAGACCACCAGGAUGAGGACUUGAGCGCACUGGUCUUGGACGCUUCUACUUUGAGGCUCCCCGUUCUGACAAGCAAAGAGCGGGACGCGGACGCGGCACCGACACCAAAGGGUGCAGAGCCCUUGGAGCCGCAAAGGGGCACUUUACCGAUGAUGCGGAUUUCUUCCACCUUGCAAGGCGAGGGGCUUCCUGCCUCGCAUUUGCGGAAGAAGCGGUGGAAGCGGGAGCGCAUGCGAGCGUUGAUGGUGGCCAGCCAGAGCAUCUCCGGGGUGCCCAUGGAGUGGAUCCUUCCGGUCGUGACUGAUGCAUCAGUGCGACAGAUUCAGAAGUUCAACUCCCCUGCGGACAUAGGUGCCAGACUGAAAUCUAGAAAUCUGCAGGGUAGAUCUCGCAAGUCUGCGGCUUCAAUCCCGGCCAACAAAGGGACGUUCUUCCCAGCUCUACGUUAA